AUGACUACGACUUCGACCAAGACCAAGUCUCACGAGACCCACAAGCUGGAACUGGCUUCGGCCUACGGCUCAGUGUAUCGGGAUGUACUAACAACACCCCCUCGAGAUUGCAACAGCACUGAGGUUCCCAUCAUCGACUUGUCUGGAAUACAAGGCAGCGAGCAAGAGAGGUGGGCGCUGGCAAAUGUCGUUCGCGACGCUUCGCAAAAUACAGGAUUCUUCUACAUCAAGAAUCACGGCAUCGCCCGCGAGAAGAUCGAAGCAGCUUUCAAGCAGGGCCACAAAUUCUUCGCCCAGCCCGUCGAGCAGAAAGAAGUCAUAGCACAGAGGCACUCCAAGUUUUACAAUGGUUGGAGUCGCAGGGGCCAUAUUUCUCCAACCGAGUCCAUGGACCUCAAGGAAGGCUUCAGCUUUAGGUACGACCCCAAGUACGACCCGGAGGAGAAAGACUUGGACUCCAUCCCACCAGAAGUUCAAGAAUGGCUCCGCGGCGAAGACUUUGUGUGGGAGGGGACCAGCCACCUACCCGGGUUCAAGGACGCUAUGCUCGCCUAUUGGCAGGCAUGCUUGUCUCUUGCCAGAAACAUGAUCAAGAUCUUUGCCCUAGCUCUCGACGUGCCCGAAGACUACUUUGACAAUCUGGUCACUUACCCUGGAAGCGACGGCGUAAUCAACUUCUACCCCAGAAACACAGCCGCAGAGGACGCCGUCCUGGACGUCGGCCUGGGCGCGCAUACGGAUCUGCAGUGCUUCACCUUCCUCUGGCAAGACCACAUCGGAGGCCUUCAAGUCCUCACGAAUGAAGGGCAGUGGAUCAAGGUGCCUCCCAUUCCCGACACGUUUGUUGUCAAUAUUGGAGAUUUCUUGAUGCGGCUCUCGAACGACAAAUUCCAGUCGACCGUUCAUCGCGUCUUCAACCACGCACCUGAGGACCGCAUCUCCAUGCCGUUUUUCUUUGGGUUCAAUUUCAACGAGACGUGCUCCGUACUGCUGAGCUGUACGGACGAGAAGAAUCCACCGAAAUACGAGCCGAUCAGCUGUGGGAAUAGAUUCGCAAAGACCUUCACCAAAGACUAG